AUGGCACACAAGAGACAUAGAAACACUAUAGUCUGCACCUUCUGCAAACGUAGAAAGAGAAAGUGCGAUAGGUGCCAGCCGUGCUCCUCAUGUGUCAAGUUCGGCAACCCUGAAUGCACCUACGACGUCAAACUCUUGCCCUUGGUCUCAAAACCUCCAGUGUUUGACACCAGCCUCCGAAACGAACUUUGUCUGCUUUCCCGAAAACUCGCCGAACUCGAAAAGAAGCUAGAUGGCCCUGAAAGCGAGUCUGCAUUGCCACCUCCCACCCACCUGUUUGGUGACUAUUUGGGAUGCAACCCCAUCAACAGCCAUAAAGACAUUCUCCAAUUGUCCCAAUACCUGACAACCCUUUUCGUAAAAACCGGUUUCCAACGCUCGACUCCUCCGUUGGCCACCUUGUCUAUGCUCCGAGCAGAUCCCAUGGUUUCAGCCUUAUUGGAGUAUGCAAACCUGGUUCUUGUGGAAGAUAAGACCUACCAACCGGUGCUAAACAGCAAGUACGCCGCCAUCGAAAAAAAGUUCUUCACCCAAGACGACGUGCUAAACGGGAUGACGGCGUCUGAGCCGUACAAAAUUGGGGAUAAAGGUCCAACGGUCUCUGUCGAGUCUGAAAAGACUGAUGAGGUGAGUUUGACACAUUUGGCGCUUGAGGUUCUCCCGGUGAGAAAGGCCAUUUGGCGGUACAUCAACGUGUUCUUCUCCAAAAUCUACCCUUACUAUCCUAUUUUGGAUCAGCGUGAGUUUAUGGACAGCAUCAACGAAAUUCUUGGUAACUCGGAGCCCAAUGAGACCCGCAUAAAAGAGAUUCACAUCACCAAGAAAAUUGAUUUUGCCCAUCUUGGUAUCCUUCUACUCAUACUACGGUUGAGCUAUUUAGCCAUCACGUCUCUUGCUUAUAGAGCCAACGGCGACCUCGAACAACCUGGUUCAGAGCUUGCGUAUUUAAUGGACCACCCCAUUGAUGUCAAAGCGGUAUCGGGGUCCAAGCGGUGUAUGGAUCUUUUCCCAUUGUAUUCCGCAUGGAGUAUCGCUGUGUUGCAGAUGGCGUUUCUUCAAAGAUUAUACAUCAUCGUGGCUCCUGAAGAAGGAGAUGCUAUCCGAGACUAUGAGGCAUUUGUCUAUGAUGGGGUCAUCAACAAUAUGGCCCAAUCAUUAGGUUUGAACCGAGAUAUGGUGUUCACGUUUGGCCAAGGCCCCGAUUCCAGACAUCGAAACUUGUGUCAAAAGAUUUGGUUGAGUGUGAUCAGAUUGAAUUCGGACCAGUGCCUACGAAAUGGGUAUCGUUUUCCCAUUGAUAGGGUUUCUUAUGACACUUUACCACCCUCUGAAAGUGAGGUGACGAGCAGUUACGAUACAGAUUUGGAAAGAGCGGUGUUAAAUAACCUUUCCAAAACCACAAUUGAACCUGAAAUCACUAGGAUAUUGGAUUUGGUGUCCAAUGUCCGUGAUGGUAUACCUUUAGUUGAGUUGUGUUCCUUAUUGGAGUAUUUUGAAAAGACCUAUGUCAAAACUUAUGGUGGUAAGAGAAGAGAUCUCAUACAAGAAAACUUCCCCAAUGCAGUUGAUAAAAUGAAUCUGACAGUACUGUACAUCUCCAUGAUGGUGUUAGACUUGACCAUGUUAUUCUUCAUUUACAACUAUUACCUCCAAGGAGACAACACCGAGAUUCAAUCAUUCUACGUAAAUAAGUUGAUUGUGACCGUUUGCUACGAAUUUCUUCCGUUCUGCUGUGAGAUCUUCCAAAAUAGUGGGAAGAUUUUCAAGGAAUUUGGAGAUAUCAUGAUUUUGCCAGGGAUGUUCAAUUUGCUUUAUAAGGCAGCUAUUGUCCUUUGCAGCAUCCACUUCAGAAACAAAAAGGCCUUGCUGACCUUCCGUGACGAUGAAGAGGUAUGUGAUAUUCUUACCCAAACCAAUACGAUUCUUCUCAAGAACCUCCGGAACAUCACUGAUAUCUUCUUGUACUUUAGUCCAUGGUAUUUUUCUGCGUGGAGGUCCAGUAGGAAUAUGGUUAUUGUUUAUGACUUGAUGACAGGAGAAGGUUUGUACGAGUUCCACUCCAUGAGGAACGCCCAUGGGUUUCUGUUCCCCAAACUGCAUUUUAAAAAGACUCUCGAUGUGUUACGAACUUCUUCUGAAGAAUGGAAUCAGUACAGAACCACCAACGAACAAGGAAAAGAGGUAUUUACUUUUCAGACCAGAGCAUUGGUCAACCCGACCGUCGAAGGCCCUUCUGAGGUAUCUCCAGCGACUUUCUUGGAUACACGAAAAGAGGUAGACUCUCGUUGGCAUGAGACACUCGCUUCCAGGUCUGGAAUGCAACCUCCUUCGGAAGACCGGUCAAAGUGGAGUGGAGAAUUGCAAGACGAGCUCUUCGCUAAUGACCUUUCACGUCUCUUUGACUCGGCGUUGGUUGAUGAUUUCUUCGCAACCUACUUGAACGAUCAACCAUAG